CUUCAACUUCAACACCAUCAAAACACCAUCAACCAUGGCACGUCCUACACCGUUAUACCCAAGAGCGACGCUCAAGCGCAUCAUCAAAGCGCACAGUAACCGUCCGCUAAGCAAAAAUAUCGACGUCUUGAUAUAUCUCGAUUAUGCGCUUUUCCUCCAGGAUCUUAUGCGCGAAGCAGCGAUUCGUUCCCGUCAAGUCGGUGAAAAGGGCAUAUCUUCAAGGUCCAUUCGGAAAGUCAGGGAAAAUACCCUACGAAAGUUCAAAGGAUGAACCCUACUCCUUAGUUCCACUCGAAGAAACGAAGUCAUGACUAUGUACAACGGCGGAUAUACCCAUCUUUAACGUCUUGGAAUCACUAGCGCAUGGGGACUCUAUGGGGUAUACAACAUCCUGCUUGGGAAGUCCGGUAUUUCUAGGAUCACUACAAUCGAGCUGUUUUCGACUUUCUCUCCAGCAUACACACCACCUCAUGACCGUACCACCGAAGCUACGCAGUAAGAUUAGGGACCACCCACCACUCGUGCCGUCGUGCUCCAGGGUCUGGAAUGGAGAUGCUCAGACCAUCCGGACUCUUUCCAUCCACGGUCUCCCUCAUGACAUUGAUAGAUAACAGGAGAUCAUCGCAGGCCGCUAUCUGUUUCUCAACAUCUUCCUGCCACCACCCCUGGACCUCAUC